AUGUUUUUCUCAACUGAUUUACUUUCAAAACGACAUCAAUCUGGUUUUGGAUUGUAUUGGCUUGCUGCAACUGUUGCUAAUUCAAAAUCAACUAUAACCAAAUUAUCAAAAAAAGAACUAUUAACUGCUGAUUUACAAAAAGCUUGUACUACACUUGCUCAUCCUCCUGAGCCUCUUGCUUUGAGACUUACUAGUGGUUUGUUACUUGGUAUUACUAGAGUUUAUGGUCAACAAUGGUCUUUAUUCUAUUUAGAUGUCCAACACGCUUCACAAUCUAUUCGUAAAGCUUUUUCAACUAUUGUGGAAGAGAUUGACUUACCGGCUCAGCAUGGUUCAAAAUCUCAUCAUGGUGGAAAUAAGGAUAUAAAUUUACCUGGUGAUACAGUAAGACUUGAUGCCAUCACUCUUACAAGAAAAAGAGGUGAUCUUGUAGAAGAAUUGAUGGAUUUUGAAUCCAUGGAUCCUUUUUCAAUUUCUGAUCUUAAUGAAGAUUUAGAAAUCGAAUUAGGUAGAGGAUUAGGAAAUACUAGAAUCAUUCCAUUCACGGAAGAUGGAAAUGAAGCAGACUCAAGAUCAAUUGAUUUGAAUCAACAAAAAAGACCUAGAACCGAUCGAUUUGUUUCUAGACCAGAAGAUAUAAAUCUUGUCGAACUUGAACCGAUCCAAUUACGUAAUGAUUUUAUUGAUAAUCAGGAUAUGUGGAUAGAUAAUCCAAGUUUUCAAGGAGGAUUGGAAGUUGAUGCUUUCGAUGUUGGAGAAGGUCUUUUGGCUGGAAUUAAUCCCGAGUUGGAUGCCGAUUUUGGUAUUACACCAGAUCUUAGCUCGCAAAGUAAUCCAGCUAGUUUAAUUCCACAAGGCCCACGACCUGUCCAACUUUCACCAAGAGGAUUAAACCAAUCGGUACGUGGAUCGGUAAUUGAUCCUCUGCAGGAUGUGAAUAUUCCACUCGACGAUGAAGAGAUGAGACCUCCACCAGUGCCAGUACGACCGGAGUCUGUAAGAAGUCAUUUGGAUGAUCAUCCCCUUUUUCCAGAAUCAGAUGAUCGCAAUAAUCUCGAUGAACCGCUCAGAGGGCCUAACUCUCAAAUCCCAGAAAGUUUCACAAACGGAACAAUAUCAGAAAUGAAUUCAAGAGAUGCGUAUAUGAUCAACCAAUUCCAAACAAAAACAAGAAAAAGAUUACACGAAAGAUCUGGAAUACAAAAUGGAAAGAAAAAAAUCAAAACUGUUGAACCAAUCGAAAUUGUUUUAAGUGAAAAAGAAAUCAAAGAAAUGAAAGAAGGAUAUAAAAAUCAAUUAGAAAUUAGGAAAAAAGAAUUAAAUGAGAUCAAAAGAUUGAAAAGAUCUAAAGAAAAAGCUAAUGAAUUACUUUUUGGUGUACCUAAUUCUUUACAAGCACCAGAAUUAGUAAAACUAUGGAACUCUUGCGUCAAAAUGCCAAGAGGCCAUGAAAGUACCCAUGCAAAGACAAGAUUCGAAAUUCGAGAUGACAUAAUACCUGAAGAUAUAGAAGGUAGAGAAGGCAUUCAAGAAAAAAGUGAAGCAAUAGCACUUUCAAGAAGAGAAAGAUCGCGUAGAACUCCAUUAGGAGGACUUUCUGAACAAGAAUUAGAAGGACAAGAAACUGGAUUCGAAGGAGAAAUUACGUCUCGUGCUGAAUUUGGUUUUCAAACUCCUUGGGAUGAUGGACAGAUGGAAUCUGGUACAGGUUUAGGAGAAGAAGAAAAUGGGAGACCAGUUGAAUUAUACGAAGAUGUUAUUGGUAGACAUAGAGCUCAAAGUGUUGAGGGAGCAAGUUCUCAAACCCAAGCAAUGACAGAUAUGCCAUGGAAUAGAGCUAUUCAAAACGAUCAAGGUAUAGAUUAUUUUGAAGGUCAUGGUAGUGCGAUUGAAUCUUCUACAGGAAGAAGUACCAGACAAUUUGUGGGAGAAACACCAGUUAAAACGAGGUUUGGUAGACAAUCUUCAGUUGUUUCUUCCGUCAGAGAUUCUGUUGUAGGUAUGAAUACCCCCCUUGGACGAGGACGUGAAGGUGAGCAAAUUGGGGAAAAUAGAGCUCAUAGUGAGGUAGAUAUUCAACUCGAACAAGAUAGUUUAAAUUUCUUAGAAUGGACUAAGACUCAAACCAAUUUGAUGAUUUCUCUUUGUUGGGGUCAUGGAUUGUUUUUAGUUAGUGAUCUAGCACCAGUGACUACUACAACUGGAGCAGUAGCAGCACAAGCAUUUCAUAAAAUUUUGUCUCUUACUACUAAGAAUUUAGUCAAAGUUAUCGAACAAGAUGAACCUUAUGGAGAGAUUCGAUUACAAGUGGUUAGACCUCAUUAA